UAAACACACGGCUCACCAUCCCCUCACCACUACUUCUACUUCCAAAGUUGGGACACCCUCCUGUCACCUGUAGAGAAGAGGGAGUGAAUUUGAAAUCAAGUCCAGGUAUCUGGGGUCCUUAGACUGCUGGACUUUGGACCCUGGGUCCUUCUACUCCUGCUGAGGUUUCUCCAGGACAAGGGCACAGGAGCAGCUGCAUUCAGCCCCCUCUUUUCCCGCGGAUGUCAUGGAGCUGGGUCUGUCUCCACCUCAUAGCAGCAGCUCCCCGGAAGACCUGUACCCAGCCCCUGGGACCCCUCCUGGGACUCCCCCACCUCCCGAUGUCCCUCUGCCUGGGGAGGUGAAGAGGUCUCAACCUCUGCCCAUUCCAAACAGCAGGAAACUUCUUCGAGAGGAGGAGCUGCGGACCACCUCUCUACCCUCCAUCCCCAAUCCCUUCCCUGAGCUCUGCAGUCCUUCUUCACAGACCCCCAUUCUCGGGGGGCCCUCCAGUGCAAGGGGGCUGCUCCCUCGAGAUGCCAGCUGCCUCCAUGUAGUAAAGGUGUACAGCGAAGACGGGGCCUGCCGGUCAGUGGAGGUGGCAGCAGGCGCCACGGUGCGCUACGUAUGUGAAAUGCUGGUACAGCGAGCUCACGCCCUCAGUGAUGAGAACUGGGGGCUGGUGGAGUGCCACCCCCAUCUAGCGCUGGAGCGGGGCUUGGAGGACCAUGAGUCGGUGGUAGAAGUGCAGGCUGCCUGGCCCAUUGGCGGAGACAGCCGCUUUGUCUUCCGGAAAAACUUCGCCAAGUAUGAACUGUUCAAGAGCUCCCCACACUCCCUGUUCCCAGAAAAGAUGGUCUCCAGCUGUCUGGACACACAAACGGACAUAUCCCAUGAAGACCUCAUCCAGAACUUCCUGAAUGCAGGCAGCUUCCCAGAGAUCCAGGGCUUCCUGCAGCUGCGAGGAUCAGGACGCAAGCUUUGGAAACGAUUCUUCUGCUUCCUGCGCCGGUCUGGCCUCUAUUACUCCACCAAGGGCACCUCCAAGGAUCCAAGGCACCUGCAAUACGUAGCAGACGUGAACGAGUCCAACGUGUAUGUGGUGACACAGGGCCGCAAGCUCUACGGGUUGCCCACCGACUUCGGCUUCUGUAUCAAGCCGAACAAGCUUCGAAAUGGCCACAAGGGGCUUCGCAUCUUCUGCAGUGAGGAUGAGCAGAGCCGAACCUGCUGGUUAGCUGCCUUCCGCCUCUUUAAGUAUGGGGUGCAGCUGUAUAAGAAUUAUCAACAGGCACAGUCUCGCCACCUGCGCCCGUCCUGCGUGGGGUCCCCACCCCUGAGGAGUGUCUCGGAUAACACCCUGGUGGCCAUGGACUUCUCCGGCCAUGCUGGGCGUGUCAUUGAAAACCCCCGGGAGGCUCUGAGUGUAGCCCUGGAGGAGGCCCAUGCCUGGAGGAAGAAGACGAACCACCGUCUCAGCCUUCCCACCCCAUGUUCAGGCACGAGCCUCAGUGCAGCCUGUUCCUGGUCCGGGAGAGUCAACGGAAUCCACAAGGCUUUGUCCUCUCUUUGUGCCACCUGCAGAAAGUCAAACAUUAUCUUAUCCUGCCGGUGAGUAAUCGCCUCCCUUCCCGAGUCCUAGCUUCCUGCAGUGGAGACGCAGGACUCCCAGCAGCCUGCUGUCUUCAUCAGAGACCAAGAAGCAUCCUCCUCCCCGGGUCCCCCAUGU